AAAUUCUCUAUAAAUAGACAUGCAUUUUGAUAUAUUUUGAUAUAUUUUCGAAAUCACUUAAAAUCCUCCACUUUUUUAUUUUCUUAAGCAUUUUAAAUUUGUUGAAGAGCAUUUUUGUUGCAACACACCCAUAUUGAGAAUCUUUUAAUGGAUCCAAACAACCCAAAUUUCCGCCAACAAUUUUCUGGUUUUAGUGAUGAUUUGCUAACUAAUCCCGAGUUUCAAUUGUUCUUGCAAAGAAUGGGCAAUACGUCUUUGCAACCAUCUCCACAGUAUCAGACACCCACUCAGUUUCCCCUAUGAAACCAUGUUAUUGAAGAAUGUACACCUGAAACUGUACAUGAUAGCAACACACAAUUCAAUGAGAGCGAAGAGGACAGCGUACCAGAGACGCCGCAAUAUCCUCCACCAGUUCCCGAACUGAAAUCCAACCAGGUUGUUGCACGAGCGACUCGAAUUUGGUCAGUUGCGGAAGAUGAAACUCUGAUUGGGUUGUACUUGGAGAUCAGUGAGAAUGCUAUUAAAGGCACGAGCCAGAAAGCAACUUCCCUUUGGCGCGAUGUACACGCAGCAUAUCAACUUGCUCAUGCGGAGAAGCCGCAUAUACUUCCACCAAGACCUAUGAAGAGUCUGACGUCGCACUGGAGAAGGUUGGCAGCAGACACACUACAGUGGAUAUCUUGCUAUGAUGAAGCAGGUAGACUUCCGGAGGGAGGGAGUGGUUACAACGAAGCUGACCGUAUAAAAAGUGCGUCGAAGCUUUUCCAUCUCGCCCAAGGUCGUAAUUUCGCUUUUCCUCACGCUGUUGAAAUGCUUAAUAGAGAUCCAAAGUGGAGGCCAAAGCUGAGAUGGUCCUUGUCAAAGGAGGAAAGAAAAGCUGUUCGUGAUGUUGAGGAGCAAGGUAGUGCUGGAAGUGGGAAGAGGUCCAGAGAUGAUGGAGGGGAUGAAACCCCUACGGAUGGUUUUUCAUCUGGAGGAAUACAACGACCCGAAGGUGUGAAGAAAGCAAAGGCCAAGCGUAAAGGGAAAGAAGUAGCUUCGGACAGUGGUUCGUCUGAGCUUAGCGAACGAAUGAAGGAAUUGGCAACAAUUCGCGAGAGGGAGGCCAUUCUGAAGGAAGAGCGGAUCAAAAUUGAAAGGGAGAAGGAACAGAGGAAAAGGGAGGAACUUGACAUUCAUAAGAUGAAAACCUGGUUUGAUAUGGUGCAAGCUAUGAAGAAUUCGCCUACUCCACUCACUCCUGAAGAAGAGUCGUACAAGAAUUUCUUACUGGGUAAAUUACAGGGCUUAUAAGCAUGUUUGGUUGUAGUAGGUGUACGCUUGUAUUAGUUAAGUUUUUAAUUAUGCGCAAUGUAGUCUUUUAUGUUUAACAUGUAUUAGUGGUGUGUUUAAUUUCACUGUCAUAUGUAAACUUGUAUUCUGAUUUUCCAAUAUUGAAUGACAAGUUGUUUAACAAGUUGAUUUCAGUUGUCA